CUGUUGUUGUAUUACAGUAACUGAAUAUGUUUUAGCAGUAUUUUCGCUAAAGGUCAUUUUCUUUUGAAUUCAGUAGUAGCCUGUUAUAGAAGCUUGUUCUUCUGUGGGUCAUUCCUGAGACUCGAAGUGUCCCAGGAACACAGAGAUGAGGACGCAGUCUGUGCUCUUGCUGUUGUUGGUGUGUGUGUUGUGGCAGGACGGCAGCGCCUCGCUCAUAACCGAUGGAUGCCAGGACGCCGCUGUAGUGAAGGCCGCCGAGGACACACUAGAGCAGAUCAACGCAGACAGACAGGAGGGCUAUGUGCUCUCACUCAACCGACUUCAUGAUGUCAAACAGGACAUAAAGGCAGAAGGUGUGAACCAUUUCCACCUGACGAUGGAUGUCCUGGAAACAGAGUGUCAUGUGAUCAGCAGGAGAAACUGGAAAUCCUGUGCUGUUAAAGGGGUUGGCAGUCUACCGGUGUUCGGGACGUGUGAUGCAUCGGUUUCCCUUCAGAGCUCCAUCAAAGUUGAGAAUUACAACUGCACCAUUCAACAAGUGGCAGCUCGAGCUAUAGUAAAGACUUGCCCCGACUGUCCAACUGCAGAACGCUUCGAUGAUCCCGUUAUAUCUGAGACCACAAGGCUGGCCCUGCAGAAAUUUAACAAGGACAGCGCUUCUCCACAUGUCUUUGCUCUUCUGAAUAUAACAGCAGCCAGCAUGCAGUGGGUUGUGGGUCCGUCUUAUUUUGUGGACUUCACCAUUCAAGAGACUGACUGCAAGAAAAGCACUGCUGAUAUCGAGCUCGCGCAAUGCAAGCUGAAGGACUCAGAGUCAGCACACAAGGGCUUUUGCACUGGUUCACACAUCAAUGCUGAUGACGGGCUCGAGAUCAAGGUUCCUGUUGAGGUCAAAUGUGACAUUUUUCAACCAAUGGCUGCUCGACCAGGGUCUUUUGGAUCAGUUCAUGUGGUCUCUCCUCCCCCUGAGCAAGCGUCCCCCAGAUCCCAGCCCACGGCCAGCAGCUGUCCCGGAGAGAGACGACACCAGCUCGGACUGACAGAGCUGGACCUCUGAUGGAAAUCACUUACAGCCCCGCCAUACAGUCCAAACAAGCACUGGAGAUCUUCACUUCUCCCAAAAUGUGCUUUUCGUUUUCAUAUUUAC